AUGGCGAGAGUUUCUGUGUUGUUAUGUUUGGUUAUAUUAGUUACAUUAGGAGUAGUGGUAAGUUUCUCAUUUGCACACGACACGGAAGUGACAUCGAACCAUGUGGAGAGUAGCCAGAAAGAGACUGAAGUUGUUCAUAAUAGUAAACACGAAGAGAAAGGAGGAGAAAUGGUAAAUGAUGAUCACAAAGCCGGUUCUCAUGUCGAUAAAAAGGACAAAAAGAAAGAGCAUGAUGUGCAUAAAAAGGAUGAUCAACAUGAAAAGAAAGAGCAUGAUGUGCAUAAAAAGAGUGAUCACGAGAAGGAUGGUGAUAAGAAGAAGACCGCUCAUCAUCACAAACAUGAUGAUGAUGAAUCUGAUGAUGAAAAGGAGCAUGAAGAUAAAAAGAAGGGUGAACAUGAUGAAUCUGAUACCGAUGAUGACACUGAUGAUGACACCGAUGAUGACGAUGAUGAUAAAGAUGAGGUUGAUGGGGAUGAUGAUGAAAAAGAUACUAUUGGAUUAUAUGAGCUCAAGAAGGGAAACAUAACCAUCAAAUUCACAAACUGGGGUGCUUCAAUCAUGUCUCUUCGUUUCCCGGACAAAAAUGGAAAAGUUGGCGACAUUGUUCUUGGUUAUGAUAGCGUCAAAAGCUAUAAGACCGACAAGGUCUAUUUUGGAGCAACCGUGGGACGAGUAGCGAAUAGAAUAGGAAAUGCCCAGUUCAAAUUGAAUGGUAAAGAGUACAAGACUACUGCCAACGAUGGCAAAAACACACUUCACGGUGGGAAGAAAGGGUUUGGCGAUGUUGUGUGGGAAGUUAAAAAACAUAAGUAUGAUGGCAAGAAACCUCAUAUUGUAUUCACUUACACAAGUCCUGAUGGAGAUCAAGGGUUUCCCGGAGAAGUCAAUGUCACGGUGACUUAUAAACUUGACAAAGAAAAUGAAUUGAGUGUGGUGAUGGAGGCAAAGCCAAAAGAUAAAGCAACUCCGAUUAACUUAGCUCAUCAUACAUAUUGGAAUCUUGGUGGUCAUAACGCCGGAGACAUCUUGUCUGAAGAAAUUCAGAUCCUCGGGUCAAGUUACACUCCCGUCGACGGUGAACUCAUUCCCACAGGAGAAAUAUCUCCGGUGAAAGGAACAUCAUACGAUUUUCUCCAACUCCGUUCUAUUAAAGAUAAUAUGAAGGAUCUUAAAACAGGAUAUGAUAUAAACUAUUGCUUAGAUGGUAAAGCUGAUAAGAUGAGGAAAAUUGUAGAACUCGUAGAUAAGAAAUCUGGGAGAAAAUUGGAGUUAUCCGGAAACCAACCCGGUUUGCAAUUCUAUACCGGUGGAAUGUUAAAGGACAUCAAGGGAAAGAAUGGGACAACUUACCAAGCUUUCGCGGGACUAUGUCUAGAGACACAAAGUUAUCCAAACUCAGUAAAUAAUCCGAAGUUUCCUUCACAGAUUGUUGAACCAGGAAAAACAUACAAGCACACCAUGCUCUUCAAAUUUUCUAUUGUUUCAUAG